UUUGGGAUCACGUGACCAAACGAGUCUUACUCAUUGGCUGACGUUGAAACCCUUCAUGGGCGAAACGGCAAACUCUAUAAACCGACAAUGACUGCUUAUUUGUUUAGUUGUUUAACGGGUUUUCUGGGAUAUUAACGACAGAAUCAUCGCGUUAAAGUACCUCUGCAAGGUGUUGUGAAGGAAUGAUGGACCACGGUUAUGCAUUAGCCGCAAGAAUGGAACAGAUUAUGCCGAUAAGAAGAAAUUACACUAACGGGAUAAGACGACAGAGAGACGGAGAGAAGCAGAUAAACAGAGUAAACAUCGGGAUAGCUUAUUCAAAAUGGAAAGCUCUUAAGGAGAAGAAAGGCUUUAGGAAUGACGCGGAUGUUGCUUGUUAUCUGCUGGACAGGGCAUUUAGUGAACUUUCAGAAGACCGAUCCAGCAUUUCUUCAAUCUCUCCAAUCUCCAUUCCUCCCAGAAGACAACCUCAGAAAUCAAUAAGGCCUGCACUGCAAUCUGAGGCAACAUGGACUGAUUCACUCAGUUCGGACCAGCUGUCAGACUCUGAAACUCUGCCUGGUCCUGAUUCCAAAUCUGCAAAGGUUGAAGUUCUCGAGUUCGGCUACGAGCAUCCUCCAUAUCAGACAAUUAAGCAAGAAGAGCCUGAACAACAAUUGGAGGAUGAAUCUGGUGUGGAUAUCAUGAUUGCUUCUACUGCACAGUCGUAUGGUUUUGUUCCUCAUUGUUCAUCAUCUACAGAUGAAGAAAACGAAAUGCAAUGGGAUGAAAUAAAGGAUGAAUUAGCGGAGACUGCACAGCGACUGGAAGAGCGCUUGGAAGCAAUGAGGUCAUUGUCAGUCCGCGCACCAAAACCCAUGUCAGUGACCAAAGAAAAAGAUAAGGAAGUAAAAUGGACCAACAAAUCCAGUUUGAAGACGCUAUUCAGGACCUGCCAUCAGUGUGGAGAGUCGGUACUGGAGUUUAAGACGUUAACAUCAGGGAGCCUCAGCUGGAUUCAGUGGGAAUGUUCAAAAGGACACCUCAUGUGCCUCUUCCACAACUAUAACACCACGUAACACUCAAUCCAGAAAGAAUCAAGCAACUGCACACUAUGUAUAUAGGUUUAGCACAUUGUGAAUAACGGAUGAUCAGUUUUACUUUGCAAUAAAUGAUCUCUUUAUUGGUGUAAGGGAGGUUUGGGAUGUUCUAUAAUUAAAAAUCUUUCAGUUC